GGCCGCCAAAGAAAAGCCCAGCAAGCCGGCGCUCCGGCAGCCCCGCCAGGGACCUACCGAUGAGGCGCAGAUGGCGGCCGCGGCGGCCCUGGCCCGGCUCGAGCAGAAGCAGCCCAGGGCACGGGGCCCCACAUCACAGGAGUCCAUCCGGAGCCAGGUGAGAAAGGAACUUCAAGCUGAAGCGACUGUCAGUGGGAGCCCGGAGGCCCCAGGGACCAACCCGGUGCCCAAGCCCAAAGAGGAGGGUUCGACCCACCUGGCAGUGCCUGGAGUGUACUUCACCUGCCCCCUCACAGGGGCCAUCCUGAGGAAGGACCAGCGGGACGCCUGCAUCAGAGAGGCCAUUCUCUCGCACUUCUCCACCGACCCAGUGGCCGCCUCCAUCAUGAAGAUCCACACGUUCAACAAGGACCGGGACCGGGUGAAGCUGGGCGUGGACACCAUCGCCAGGUACCUGGACAACAUCCACCUGCAUCCCGACGAGGAGAAGUACCGGAAGAUCAAGCUUCAGAACAAGGUGUUCCAGGAGCGCAUUAACUGCCUGGAAGGGACCCACGAGUUUUUUGAGGCCAUCGGCUUCCAGAAGGUGCUGCUUCCGAUCCCCGACCAGGAGGGCCCUGAGGAGUUCUACGUGCUGAGUGAGGCCGCCCUGGCCCAGCCCCAGAGCCUGGAGCAGCACAAGGAGCAGCUGCUGCGCGCUGAACCCGUGCGGGCCACACUGGCCCGCCAGCGCCGGGUCUUCCGGCCCUCGCCCCUGGCCUCCCAAUUCGACCUGCCUGCGGACUUCUUCAGCCUAACGGCGGAGGAGCUCAAGCGAGAGCAGCGGCUGCGGUCAGAGGCCGUGGAGCGGCUGAGCGUGCUGCGGACCAAGGCAAUGCGCGAGCGGGAGGAGCAGAGGGAGAUGCGCAAGUACACCUACACGCUGCUGCGCGUGCGCUUCCCCGACGGCUGCCUCCUCCAGGGGACCUUCUAUGCCCGGGAGCGGGUGGCAGCACUGUACGCGUUUGUCCGGGAGGCCUUGCUGAUCGACUGGCUGCCUUUUGAGCUGCUGGCCUUAGGAGGGCAGAAGUUGUUGGAGGACGAGAACCUGGCCUUCAAUGAGUGUGGGCUGGUGCCCUCGGCGCUCCUGACCUUCUCAUGGGAUGCAGCCGUGCUAGCAGACAUCAGGGCUGCGGGGGCCCAGCCAGACUCAUCUGUCCUGAAACCCGAGCUCCUGUCGGCCAUCAAGAAGCUCUAAUGAAAUAAAAGCAGGGCUGGCUUCAGCCCC